AUGGCAAGAAUUCAUAUUGGAGAGAAACCUUACCAAUGUCAAGUGUGUGGCAAGGAUUUUAUAAACAGCUCAACACUUACUCGACAUCACAGGAUUCAUACUGGAGAGAAACCUGACGAAUAUCAUGAAUGUGGCAAGGCCUUUAACUGGAGCUCAAACCUAUUUCAGCAUCACAGAAAUCAUACUGUAGAGAAACCAUACAAAUGUGAGGAAUUUAGUAAGACCAUUAAGGACUUCUCAUCACUAAGUGGACACAGGCAAAUCCAUACUGGAGAGAAACUCUACAAAUGUAAAGAAUGUGGCAAAGGUUUUAAGUUUCACACAGCAUUUACUCGACAUCACAGAAUUCAUACUGGAGAGAAACCUUACCAAUGUCCAGAAUGUGGCAAGGCCUUUAACAGGCACUCAAGCCUUACUCAACAUCACAGAAUUCAUACGGGAGAGAAACCUUACCAAUGUCCAGAAUGUGACAAGGCCUUUAAACAGCGCUCAGCCCUUACUCAACAUCACAGAAUUCAUACUGGAGAGAAACCUUACCAAUGUCCAGAAUGUGGCAAGGCCUUUAACCAGCACUCAGCCCUUACUCUACAUCACAGAAUUCAUACUGGAGAGAAACCUUACCAAUGUCCAGAAUGUGGCAAAGCCUUUAAGAGGCAAUCAAUCCUUACUCAACAUCACAGAAUUCAUACUGGAGAGAAACCUUACAAAUGUCAAGAAUGUGACAAGACCUUUAACAUGCACUCAAACUUUAUUCAACAUCACAGAAUUCAUACUGGAGAGAAACCUUACCAAUGUCCAGAAUGUGACAAGGCCUUUAACAUGCACUCAAACUUUAUUCAACAUCACAGAAUUCAUACUGGAGAGAAACCUUACCAAUGUCCAGAAUGUGACAAGGCCUUUAACAGGCACUCAAACUUUAUUCAACAUCACAGAAUUCAUACUGGAGAGAAACCUUACCAAUGUCCAGAAUGUGGCAAGGCCUUUAACCAGCACUCAGCCCUUAUUCAACAUCACAGAAUUCAUACUAGAGAGAAACCUUAG